GCAUCAUCGCAUCAUGUUAUCGAAAUACAAUAAUACCCAAAUUGAGCAUAAGCAAAGCAAAAAAGAAUGGGGUCUACAAUGGUAAAACCAUUGGUUAAAAAUGGAAAUUUGUUGGAUGCAUUGCCUUCUCAGGCAACACUACAUGUAGUUAUGUUAGGUUUGGAUUCUGCGGGGAAAACCACGGCAUUAUACAGACUAAAGUUUGAUCAGUAUUUAAAUACAGUGCCAACUAUUGGGUUCAAUUGCGAAAAGGUACAAGGUACUAUUGGCAAAGCAAAAGGAGUUCAUUUUCUCGUUUGGGAUGUGGGAGGUCAAGAAAAACUAAGGCCACUUUGGAGAAGCUAUACACGUUGCACCGAUGGCAUAUUGUUCGUUAUUGAUUCUGUUGAUACGGAACGCAUGGAAGAAGCAAAAAUGGAAUUAAUGCGAACGGCUAAAUGUCCAGAUAACCAGGGUGUUCCCGUGCUGAUAUUAGCAAAUAAGCAGGAUCUUCCAAACGCAUGUGGUGCAAAGGAGCUGGAAAAACUUUUAGGACUUAACGAACUUUAUAAUCCAGUGCCGAAUAUAUCAAUGCUAACAAGUUCCGACUCUUCUUCGGCAAUCAACUUAAUCGGGUGCAGCGUGUCAAACCAAAGUAUUACAGAAAGUCCGUUAACAGAACAAACAGCGAGUCACUUGCAUUCAUCAAUGAUUCACAUUAAACCUGCUGAAAGCAAUGACCAAAAUUCCACAUUAAGUGGAGGAUCAUUGCCGGCAUUCAUUUAUCCGCAUUCUUACAAUGAUUCUUCUGUAUUGGACCAAAAAAUUCAGCGUGACGUUAAAAGCAGUUUUCAUAACAAAAAACAUAACAGGACAAUUUCCAACUCGGUGCAAUUUAGAGGGUGGUAUAUACAACCAACCUGCGCUAUAACUGGCGAGGGUCUUCAAGAAGGCUUGGACGCUCUAUAUGAUAUGAUUUUGAAACGCCGAAAAAUAAACAAAUCUCAUAAGAAGAAGCUGUAGCAUAAGUAAUCGGCAGUGCUUGUCUGUCAUUGUUUUUUUCUUAAUUUUAGCACAAUUUAAUAAAUAAAAUCGCACAAUA